ACACCACCACACAAGUUCACGAACCGGUCCUCUUACACAUCCCAUCAACCGUCGAUAUCCGUCUCGGACACUUCAAAUACUACACUCCGUCUCCAAACCAGCAGGACGAACAUUUCAUCCCCCAGCAUCCAGCAAACGGCAGCAAGCCUCGCCACAAUGUCUGGCAAGAACGACAAAGUCUUACAGCCAGCCUUGUUCCCAAUGGAUUACACUACGAUGCCAAUGUCAUCCACUUCGACUUCUUCCAAGCCCAAGAGGCCGUUCGACAUCAGCAAUCUCAUGUCUCCUCCUGGCCCAGCUCCUUACGAGACAUUCAAUCACCGUGACGCCGCAAUGCCAGCCUCAAAGCCAAUGUCCGCUGCAAGCAGGCAGCUGGGACCGAACCCGCCCAUAUCUCCUCCCAUCUCCCCCUACACCAGGGCGAGAAACUCCAUCACAAUGGACCCUCGCCUCUCCAUUUCGGACAACGACCCGAUUCUGUAUCCUGCCCCCGAAACCGCUGCCAGCCCUCCUUCCGAGCCGCUCUUCGUUCCUUCGGUUCCCGCAGCCGAGCCACUCGAUGACCUGGUCAACCAUCACAUUGCUUCUCGACCCCAAAGCAUUGUACGCGCCACAUCGCCCCCGAAGCCGGAGGAGUACGAGCUUGUUCUCUUCUUCAAGUCGGAGUGCCUCAAGAUGUGGCAGAAGGAUCCUCGGGACUGGCUGCGCAAGGAGCGCCAGUAUCUGCAAGCUGAUAAGAAGAACCACACAAAAGCACGGCCCGUAGUUAACAAGCUUCCAACGAUCUUGCCUGCCGCUCAACCUCCGACUCCGGCUCCGAGAGCCCAGGUGGCGAGAACCAGCAGCACUGGCCGCAUCCAGAAGCCCCGAGUCACCAAGGCACCGGCCCAAAACCCUCGACCGAUUCGGGCAACUCCUACGCACUCUCGGCAGACGGCACGUGUUAGCGCCACUCCUGAACCCAGGGUGCGAACAGUGGCACCAAACAGGGAGGACAAGGAUUUCGACUCUCUUCCCGACUACACGCCCAGCAUUUUGACGCUGCCCAACACACCCGGCUGUCUCAAGGUUGACUGGAAGGGCAACCCGCUCGACUUGAGCAAGGAUCCCAACAGGGCGCUCCUUCAUGAUGAGGAGCUCAGCCUUGCUGCUGCCCUUCGCCUGGAUUGCGCGACCUACCUGACCAGCAAGAGGCGCAUCUUCAUGAGACGCAUUGAGUGCGCCAAGAUUGGCAAGGAGUUCCGGAAGACGGAUGCUCAGCAGGCGUGCAAGAUCGACGUCAACAAGGCAUCGAAACUGUGGACGGCGUACGAACGGGUUGGCUGGCUUGACCCUAAGCACAUUGAGAGGUUCCUGUAUACCUGAGAGCCUCCAGUCUUGGAUGGGAUGGUUUCGUCCAACCAGGUUUCUUUGUCAUAACUUGGCUUUGUCAUGGCUGCUCAUUUUGGCGUUUUUAU